GUGAGCGCUUUCGGUAGCUCGGAGCAGAACUUCCACGCGCGACGCGUUUCCUCAGGCGAGAUACUUUAUCUAAGUCCCGCAUCUCCUACGAUAUUCUAUCCAACUACUCCUUUUCUCUCGAAGUCGACGCUGUAGUUCUAGCAAGAUCAUCUCGCCUCUUCCUUCAAGAUGUCCAAGAUCCAAGAAGUCCCUGUGAUCAUCAUCGGCGGGGGCGGCUGCGGCCUGACGCUCUCCUCUCUUCUCUCUGACUAUCAUGUCGAGCAUCUGCUCUUCGAGCGCCACGAUGCUACUUCCCGUCUUCCGAAAGCGCACUAUCUGAACCAGCGCUCUAUGGAGGUCCUGCGCCAACACCACAUGGAGUCCGAGAUCUUGGAGAAGGGCUCCCCGCUGUGGAACAUGAGCCAGGUGGCGUGGCAGUCCAGUUUGGGAGGGGACGGUCCGCUGGAUCGGAAGGUGAUCCACAAGUUUACCAGUUUUGGGGGGGACGAUGGGUCAGCGAAGGCGGAGAGCUAUAGACGUGAUGCCCCCCUCCGCUCUUGCAACCUGCCUCAAAUUCGCCUAGAGCCUCUACUCAAGAAGAUCGCGGAAUCGCGCAACCCGGGAAACGUGCGCUUCAGCCACAACGUUGUUGACUUCGUCGACGAGGGCGACUCCGUGCUUGUGACUGUGGAAGCCAAUGGACAGCAGACCCAGUACCGGGCCCAGUUCCUCGUCGGCGCGGAUGGUGGGAAGUUGGUUAAUGAGAAGAUUGGCGCGGUGCUCGAGGGACCAUCCGGGAUUGCGGAUAUGGUCUCGACCCAUUUCAGCGCCGACUUGUCGGAGUACUGGGAUGACCGCUACUUCGCGUGCCACUUCAUCAAUGGAUCCGGUGGGACCGUGCUGGAGAGCGGCGCUAUGGUGCCUAUGGGCCCGACGUGGGGCAGGCAUUCGGAGCAGUGGUCUGUCCAUUUUGGGUUCAGUAUGGACGACGAGAAGCGACAUGAGGAGGAGGCGAUCGUGCCGCGGAUUCGGGAGCUGCUCAAGCUUCCGGAUCUGAAGAUGGACGUGCAUAAGAUUAGCCAUUGGAAUUUGGAGCGGGUGCUGGCGAGUAAGUUUCAGAAAGGACGGGUGUUUAUCGCUGGGGAUGCGGCCCAUCGUCAUCCGCCUACGACUGGGUUGGGGUUGAACACGGCGAUUGAAGAUGCGAAUAACCUCGCAUGGAAACUGACCGCCGUGACGAAAGGGCUUGCCGACAAGAGCUUGCUGGAUACGUACGAGACGGAGCGGCGAUACGCAGGAAAACGAAACUGCGACUGGGGGCUCUUCACCUUCGCAAACACGGUCGUGAUCAACGCAGCUGUUGGUCUUAUCAAAGGCCAGCCCGAAGCCAAUAAGCUGCGAUUCCAAGCUCUUUGGGAAGACUCCGAGUCGGGACGAACCUUCCGAGCACAGGUGCAACGAAUCAUCGAUUCGCAGGUCGUAGAGUUCAGCGCUCACGAUCUGGAGCUUGGCUUCAGAUAUCCUUCCGGGGCAAUCAUUCCAGACGGAGUUGAUGCACCACCAGUUGACCCGCUCGGUCAGAUCUACACUGCAAAUACUGGACCCGGUAAUCGGCUUCCUCACGUUUGGCUGAAUGAUGGCAAGAAGGUGAUAUCGACACAUGACUUGAUUGCCUCAGACUCGACUUUCCUCAUAAUUACCGACGAAAGCGGAGCAGCGUGGCUGGAGGCGGCAAAGAAGGUCGCGAAAUCGAACAAUAUCAAGAUCUCCACGGCUGUCAUCAGCAGCUCCAAUCGUAACGGUACGUUCAGAGACCGAGAAGAGAGAUGGGAGAAAUUGAAGGGUAUUAAGGAAGGAGGAGCCAUCUUGGUGCGGCCGGACAACUUCGUUGCCGCAAGGUGGCAGAAACCUAGCAAAGAAGCCGAAAAAGAGGUCGCAGGAGCGGUCGCUACGUUGCUGGGUAAAUCGAGCGAAGAACUGGGAAGGAUUGACUCCCAUUCUGGCACCAAUGGUGUUCAUUAGAAUAGCUUGUAAAUGUCGAGAUAUCAUGGCGUUUAAUGCCACGUCGGAAUGGUGCAUGAAACAGCAUCCGCCUUUUUCGUUGCUAUGUAUAUUUUAUAUCGUAC